CUUUCACCGUCAAUGCAAUGAAACGCUCAGGUCUGCCAACUCAGCAACACAACGCAACCCUUAUUUUAUCCAUAAGCUAAAGAGGCAGACUUACAAUCACCUCACAGCACCACAAAUCGACCACACAUCAAUGCGUCAUACUCAUAACCACACACUCAGAUACUCAAACACGCAUUAUGGACAUCCCCAUCCUCACAACGACUCACUUCCCACGUACUCUCUGCCCUAACACACAAUGUCCGUUCCCCCUCCCCCACAGCCCCCAUUUCCCAGGUCAAGUCCCCGAGAUCUACACUCCGCCUGCUCAGCACGCACCCCCCUCCCACAAAGAACCACAGACCCACACCUCUCCUCAAAUCACUCCUCAAACCAAUCAUCAAGCCCAGGACCAAGAACAAGACCAAGCACACAGCCACAGCGACACACCCCCUGACAUAUCUUCACCCCCACCAUCCCCUUCAGCUACCCUUUUCUUAGUCUACCUAUGCUGCUCCUGCGAAAUGCCUAAUGCAAAUCACAACAUUACACCAACACCAACAACACCACCACCAUCGACGACACAAACACGACACAGACUCCGCAUAAGGACUAGAUGCACAUAUUGCGAACAUCCAUUCGCCAGGUGCAGGGCUUGUUGCGCGAGUCCGGUGCUGUGUACGAGGGAUGAGUUCGAGGCCUUGCUGAGGGCGGAUGAGCGACUAAGGGAUGAGGUGCGGAGGAGGCUCUCGGGGUUGGGGAGGAGUAAGUGAAUAGACGAUGGGCAUGUGGUGAGUUGCUCGAAGCUGGUGUUGGUUGUUAUGCUCAUCAUGCAUGUUGGGAGGACGGGAAUCUAGCGAGGGGA